AAAAAAAUUAAACGGCAGUGUCUCCCGAUCUGAUCUCCAGUUUCUCAACCUUCACCCACGGCCUUCCACAGUCGUCGCACCUCCUGCCACAUCCCGCCGCCGCGCGCCGCCACCGCCUACCCCGUCGCCGCGCCUACCCCGUCGCCGCGCCUACCCCUAUCUCUGGAUCGACGCGGGUAACCGAGUGUGCGGGUGCUAGGUGGUUCUCCCGCUCGGUCAGAUCAAGUGAAGUCUACACAGGGCGGCGGUGGACGGGCUGGACGUGCGGAACGAUGGGGCAUACGGAUCCAGGCGAGCGGCCGUGCCGCCGCCCUUUCAUGUACCAGCGUACGCACGCGUGGGUUGUUUCUCUGUUGUUGGUCGGUUGCAGGAGGUGGCCGGCGUCGCCCCAGUUGUCAAAUCCCAUAGCCGGUCGAUCUCAACCGCGUGUUGCUGCUGUAGAUGUCGAGGCCGAGGCCAUGCAUUAUCGUGAGAUGGAGCGGCGGAGAACUGAGGCCCGCCGGGUGCUGGAGUAGAUUCUUUAGACAGUGGAGUUGAGCGACCCACUCAUCCAUGCCAGAUGCGCUUAAGUAAAGCCAGGGAUCCGAUCCAUCCAUCUCAGAGCGGAUGAAUCAACAGAGUAUCCAUCUGGUCCAACAAGUGAAUUUAGGCGAUUAAUUAGCAUGAGCAUACGAGCUCUUGUGCAGAUGUAUUUAGGUGGAUACAGGUUCAGGUAGUCAACUCUUCAUUGACCAAUCACCCAGCUCUGAGCUAUUCCAACCUUCCAUAGCCACCACCACCCCUAAGCACCGCAGCAGAGCAAGGCUGCGCUGCGGCAACUUCAUCCCUGGUAAGCAGUGGAUCCCUUUCUUGGAGUUUGCAUUGUUGUCUGCUUAGAUUAUUCACCGUAUCCCCCAUCAAACCUGUGCUACUUUUAGGUUCCUCCGUUCAUGAUUUCCUCUAUUAUAAUGUCAUCUCCGGUCAAAGUGUUAGCAUGAUAGAAUGAAAUUUGAAAUUCGUUAGUGGUUUCAUGUUGGCGAAUCAGCCUGGGCUAGAUCACAUCCUGUGCUGAAACUGCCCACGUUUGUUCAUUACUAUAUUUCAAAUUAUCAGUAAGGUCUAUUUGUGCUUGUCCAUAGUUGAUCAAAAGGUAAAGCUUCACUACUGCUAUUGUUGUUGUUGUUGUUGUUGUAUUUUACCCAUAUAUCCAUUUGCAAUCAGCAUCCAUUUUUUCCUUCAAAUGGAUAAACGUUGCCUUAAUAUUGCAGGAUACCAGUCUUAUGAUGCUGCUUGGUCUUGCCUCGGACAUCUAUUUUUCAAAUGCCCGUUCACGAAAAGAAACUGGACUGGACAUAUGUUCAUGGAAGUGUUUGUGGUGGCAGCAUGGAGUAUAUGGAAAGAGAGAGCUGCUAGACCCUCUUUUGGUUUGUACUUUGACCUCUCCUCCCCCUCCCCUGCUAACUUCUCUAUGUAAAUAUUGUACUGUAUCUUUGACGCUCUGAUCUAAUACAAAGGUCAGUGGUGGGGUUCCCCCACUGUCGAAGGUUCUCAAAAAACAGUUUUCUAGAUGAUAGUUUUAGGUCUGUUAGUAUCUUGGUCUGAGUGAUGUUAUUGUCUUCGUUAAGACCAGUCGAGCCCCUGAUUUUCAUCAAAGUCGCUCUCAAAGACAUGGCCACAUUUGUACACUUUAUUAAAGUUUGGCAUGGUUUUAUUUAAUAAAUGGGUGCUCCACUCUAUUAUGUACCUUGUGUUCUUUUGUGAUAACAGGAUUUUAUUGUUGGAUAACCCUUCAAUUGAUGAAUCUGGCGAGCUGUGCUCUUGCAGAUUACUAAUACAGUGACAAUCCUUCAGAUUUAGGGGAUACAAUGUCGGAUUACAUUCUGCGGACGUAUUGAAGGCAAAAAAAAUUGCGGUGGAGGUAUAACAUGCUACCACUUCAUCAGUACAUAACCAACUUCCAUUCUUUAUAAAUAGCAACAUUUAAGAAGUUUUUCUGUCAUUGGAGAAUCUGUUUUGGUCUUUGUUUCUAAAUGGUGACCAAAGAUAUUACUGUAAUGAUCUGUAACAAUAAGGAUACCAACUGAUCAAUUGGGUAUUCUGUGAAAUGAUUUUUUACACUUGGCAUAUGUGCUCAACCAGUUAAGAAAAUUGUUUUUGCUGUAUAAAAUUAGAUUAUUUUGCAAACUAUUUUCACAUUAGUGAGCACAUAUUAGAUUGUUUUCACCCGUUGCAACGCACGGGCAUUUUUGCUAGUAUAUAAUAAAUAUUGGAGAAAAGAAAUACCAGAGGGGGGUUGCCAGGUGCGCACAAGACACCAGGGCGCGCUAGGCCCCCCAGGUACACCCUAGUGGGUGGUGGGCAGCCUAGCCCACCUCCGGUGCUGUCGUGGAAAACACGGCCACCUAUGGGGCCAUCGGCCCCUUGUGGUUCGGCAGGGGGAAGAGCACAUUUCACAAAUAGCGGAGAGCAAAGAACAAUACGGCAACGAUCACAUGAGCAUUUUUUACCAAGGUUCGGGCCGCCGCAAGGCGUAAAACCCUACUCCUGCUUUGGUGGAUUGAUGAGGGGACUGUCGUGGAGAUGCAGCGCUCUUGCCCGGCAAGGUUGCCUCGGGACGGGAGCAGCUACGCGCGUAUGAGUGUACAAAGGUCUGAAUCCAUUCUAAGGUAGCCACAGCUCUCCUUUUAUAGGUCAAGGGGUCACCACAAUGGCAAAUCGGUCAUGACGUACUGAUUAGAUAGCGAACAGUGCUAUCAUACCUAACUCUGCAGACAGGACAAGGUGCAUUAAAUGCACCGCUUAGUGUCACAUCGUGGAGUAGCCUGACAAGCCUUGCCAUGUUGUUCCGCCACCUUCUCACCUGCCUGCAUGACACGUCUCCGGACGGGUGUCAUUUGGAGGUGAUUUCCUUCGGAAAUGGCUGCCACGCACCAAAUAGUAGCCACUUAACCACUUGGGGGCUCGACACCGCAUCUAUAGGUGACUUGCGUUGCUGUGAGGUGGAGCGGUGGAGUGUUGGUGGGGUAACCUGCCCUCGUUGUUCCUGGCAAGCUUGUCGGGGCAGUCUUGCGUCUUGUCCUUAGGCUAGCCUUAACCUCUCCAGGCUCGCCUGCCCAGCAAAGGAGGUUUUUCCUUAGUGGUAUCUAUUUCACUUAGCUUGGUCUUGGUCUUCUUGAUCUGCCCUUUGACUCCUCAAAGAGCUAUUUCUUCUGCUUGGCCUUGUCUUGGAUGUUGAGACUUUGUCGGACCGAAGGCAUGUUGUCCGUGCACAAGUCAGGGGAAACAUACACCCCUGUUUGUGUACCCUGACAGAAGCCCCCGGGCCUGAGCCAUAUGUGUUGCUGGGAACGUUGGGUUAGGCCCCCAAAUAGUGCACGGACAUGUGGCGAAGGAACGUUGUGUGCACAACAAUUCGUCAUGAUGACCAGUCAAUCCAACGUCCACUUCGCGCAAUUACCGCGGGGCAUGGGGUCGUGGGACUAUAGCAGUAAAUGUAAAAUGGUAACUUUCCGAAGAGUCGCACCUUACCCCAUGUCUUUCUCCCUUAAAAGAGAAAAACGCAAAGAGGCACUACUCAUCCAUCAUCUGUCUCGCCCCUCCACCAUCUUCUUCCGCAAGCCAAACGACCGCUCUCCCCUUCGCCCACGUUCAUCUCUGUCCCCCAUCUUGUUCCCUUCCCCCCAUCCCCACUACCGCUUGAGGAGAUGGGGAAAGAAAACUGCUGCCCCCAAGGGAACGUGGGCGACCACCGCGAAGGAGGUGGUCGUGGAGGGGAGCAAGAAGAGAGCUGCAGAGCUAGACAAGAAGCAAAGGGGAGACGUAGUCUUCUUCCCAUCGAAUCUGGACGGCGACGCAUUGGUUGCAAGGUAUGGAUAUUUGUGGGGGAGGGAGGUUCCAAAGGGGCAUGGCGCAUGGCGCAACAAGGUCCUGGUGGAGGGAAAAAAGGAUCCGUCGGAUUCGUACCAAUUCUUUUGUGCAUAGUUCAUCUGCGACCUCUGUCCCUCCUUUUCGGAUUUGUUCGAAGCGAUGAUGGUGAUCUAUGGAUUCCACCUCCUGGACUUCAUGCUGAAUGCAAUGGCGUGCAUGGCGAUUUUCGCCCACUUGUGCGAGAAUUUUGUUGGAGUUUCCCCCAAUGUAGACCUGUUCAGGCACUACUUCGUUCCACGGGUGGAGAACAAAGCUCACCGCUCCGGAAAUAUAAGUUGGAUGCCUCGGGUGGCAAGGGAAAAUUGGGAUUAUCUCUUUGGCCAGCAGUGCGGCAGAUGAGAGGAGUGGAGGGCGGAUUGGUGCUGGAUCCAGGACGAUGAGGCCCCAGAUUUCUGCCAGGCACAGACGGAGUGCACUGUGCACGACAACGAAUGGAGGGAGUUUGGCCUUACCGAUGAUAGGCUCCACCCGACAAUAAACAAGAUUGCCCGUCUAAAGGCUGUCGGGCUGACCAUUGGGCAUGUGAGGGCCGACUUCCUCCGAUGACGAAUUGCGCCACUUUAGAAGAGGGAAAGGUUUGCCUGGUAGUACGGAGAUGAUGCGUAUAAGAUGAGGUUGUACCCUGGUCUGACCAACAAUCUAUCAGUCUACGGCCGUGCUUGGUUGUGCGAACAACUGUUUGGCAGCCUUGGGUCGUUAAGUUGCCGGCAAGCGUCAUCCCGCUGAACGUCAACUCCGCCCAGGAUCAACUUUUGAAAUGGAUGCCAAAUUGCAACGCUCAUGGAGUUUCGGGUUACUGGCAGUUACCCGAGCUUAACGAAGAGCUUGCGUGGGCCUCUAGCCUAGUGGAAAGGGCUACCAGGGUGGAAACCAAUAUGUUCAAGCGCACCUCCAAGGUGGAUGAGGCGUUCAUCAAGAGGCGGGUCGAGGAGGACAAGGCAUUCUAGGCCGCCAAAAAGGCAAAGGCCGGGAAAGUGAAGGACGAGGAGAAGGCUGAGGAUGAAGGCUCCUCUCACGGCAGGAGAAAGGCGCACGCCUCAGAGGAGGUUGCCGGGGACGAUUCUGCCGGGGGCGAUCCUACCGGGGACGAGCCUGCCGGGAUCGAAGCCUUAUAUGCUGCGACAGCAGAGGCCGAGUAAGAGGAUAAAGCUGAGGAGGCGGAGCAGCCCGGGAGGAGUGGCUCACGGCAGGCCCUCAAGCCCCUGAGCCAAUCAUGGAUCAAUGCCCUCGUAGGCAGGCAGCUAGCCGGGGAGCAUUGGUUCCCGCUCCUGCACCUGCCGCCAAGAAGGUAAAGAAGACUACCUCUAAGGGUAGCAAGCCGGACAUGGUGCAUCGGCAGUCUUCUCGCCUUUUCGGGGCUAAGACCUCUCCCGCCAAGCGUCUGGCAGCCACGGGAGUCGACUCCAGCUCCUCUGACUCGAGCUCCUCGCAUAGUUCGUCCUCAUCGAAGCCCCCUGCAUCUCAGCAGGGCUCGAAGUUGCCGGGAAGUUCGGUUCCCCCGACCCUGAAGAGGAGUAGAGGACCUUUACCACCCAUGGAGUUCGAGUUGAGCUCCAUGCUUAUUGACGAAGAGUAAGGAAAAGGUUUCUUAUUUCCUUGUUGUGGUUCCUGAAUGUUCCUCGAUUUGUUGAUCGAUCUUGUUUGCCACCCUCGGUAGGGAAGAGGAGGAGGAGACCCUCAUCCAUCGGGUCAAACGGCCCAGGCAUGCGAAACUGCCGAAGUCCAUGGAGGGUGCGGGUUUGGCGAGAAGCAGCACAAUCGAUCUGACGCCAAGCCCCCAGCACAGCCCCCAGCUCGAAAGCACAUGACUAGUUCCUCCUGCCAAAGGUGAUGCAGGAGAGUUCCCCACCUCCUCGGGCAGGGGAGGAGGGGAGGUCUCUCAGGGCGAGUCCUUCCAGGAGGGACCCACUCCGCCUGCCGAUCGAGCUGAGGAAUUCCCGGCAAAGGCUUCCACGGAAGGUUCCGCCCAAGACAAUACCAUGGUUGCCGGGGAAGGGGACGGUGGUCACGGCCCGGCAACGACGUUGCCAAGGGAAUCGAGGCUCCCCCACGGCAGUCAUCUCCGGGUAACUCAUUUGCUCUCUUGUGUUUUGUUGCUCUUAUCAUUUUGCUCCAUGUCUUUGGCCUACCAAUGCUUCCGUAUCUUUAUCAUUGCUUGUUGUCUUCGAUUGCAGCCCCUCUGAUUGAAGAGCCUGAGCUACCGGAAGAGGUGGCCAACAUAGGGAAAGAUGUUGCAGAAGAGGCUGCCAAGAUUGAUGCCGCAAAGGAGCAGGAACAUGCUGCCGGUGGCGUUCAGGAGCUCUGGAAGGAAACAGAGAAAACCCUCGGCAGCACGCCAGGAUCAAGGGUGCUGAUUGAAGAGAAACCCCCCCUCCAAACCAUAAACCACCUUCCCUCUUUUGGCAUCUUGGCGGGGAUCCUGCGGCUAGCUUCGAGCCAACUGGUGUUGGUCCUUGCGCAGCCUGGACUUGGAGCCCCCGGUUCAUCAGCGGCGACGAGCGUAGAGCUCGAUGAAGAAAUCCAGCGCAUCUUCGCCUUGCUGUACUAGGGGUUGAAGAGGUAGACGAAACCAUCGCUGUCUCCAUGGACUUGUCCUUCCUGGAGUCCGUGGCGGCAGGUAUAAAGAGAUGCGGAGCCGGCACAGCCAGAAAUGGCAGGCGCUUAAGGAGCAGCGCAAUUCUGCCAACCAAGUGGACCAGAAGCUAAGGGGCAAGGGUAGCGAGCUGCGCGAAUGGCACGGCAAGCAAUUACAAGUUCUAUUGCGGCAGCAGGAGACGAUCUCCAUGGCAAAGGAGGAUGUCAUUGCCCGGCAGGCCCGCCUGGCGGAGUGCACAACGCUUCUGAACGCCGGAGAGAAAGAUGUCUCCUCACGGGAGGAGAACCUCGCGGCCUCCCUCUGUAGCAAGGACAAAGAAUUGGAGGGCCUAGUCCGGCAACGCACCAAGGAGCUGGAGGACAAGCACAAGGUGGCCCUCGACGCGCUCUCUAGUGAUUCUCCUACUCAGAUGAAGAAAGUGGUCGACGACCUUGCCACUACAUCCAGUGCCAAAAAUGAUCUUGAUCAUCAGGUGGCCAAGUUGAUGGAGGAGCUUGCCGGGAGCACCAAGGAAACCACGGCUCUCAAGGAGGAGGCACAGAAAGCAAAGACCCUUCUGAAAGAGGUGCAAUCCAAGCUCUCCUCCAAGAGCCAAGACCUUGAGACUGCCAACUGCUCCAUAGAUGAUUUUAAGGCCAGGAUUGGCACCCUGGAGAGCUCGAUCGAAUCCAGUGGGUCCAUGAGAAGCAGCUGAUGAAGGACUUGGAGAAAGCGAGGACCCAUCAGAAGGACGCGGAGGACAAACUGGCGAACCAAUCCGAGUAGGUCAACCUUUGGAUCAAGAGCUUGGUCGACAUUGUUGAGCGCCUCAUUGCCUUGGUUUCGGCGAUGGGCAUGGAGGGGCCAAUCUUCUCGGUCGGCGAGCAUGAAGUCCCAAGCGUCAAGCUGGGGCUCUUCUUCAACGACUUGAUCGAAAAGCUGAAGAUCCAUGAAGGAGGAAGGGGUGAUCGCUUCACAAGUGAAUCCCGACAGCUUGCCCGCAACGCCCUCUUCAUGGUCCUAAGCAACUUCGCCUACCGCCAUCCAGACCUCGACCUUGACGACGGCUUCAGGAAGCUACCUGGGGACGCCGAUGUUUCUGUCGCCGAGGAGAAGGCUGCCUGAUACGUCUCUAGCAUAUCUAUAAUUUUUUAUUGUUCCAUGCUAUUUUAUUAUCAAUCUUGGAUGUUUUAUAAUCAUUUUAUAGUCAUUUUAUACCAUUUUUUGGUACUAACCUAUUGACAUAGUGCCUAGUGCCAAUUCCUGUUUUUUCCAUGUUUUUCCAUCGCAGGAAAUCAAUAGCAAAUGGAGUCCAAAUGGCAUGAAACUUUACGAUGUUUUUUUAUGGGCCA